AACCCCAUUCUAUAAAAGGCAGCUCUCAGCCCUUGUCCUAUGCAAUGAGUUUUAGUUUGGAUUUGAUUGCAAAUAGGAACGUACUUAUAACAUCAAGAUGGAUUUGAGGAUGUUUGCCGCUUGUUUGAUAAUGACUGUCUUUUUAAUCAAGCAUUCUGAUGCACAAAUCACGGCAUGGGCUAUUACCGACGGUGGCGGCACUGCUGGCACAAUAUCUGGCACUGCUCCCGCUGGAACUGCGACAGUUUCAAUUGCUGAAGCUACAGCUGUAGGUGGUACGUUGUUUACUGUCACGGCAACGCCAACUGGAACCGGUGCUGCAUUAGCGUAUACGUUUGUCGCCGCAGACGGAAAUCCUGGUGACAUUGGAAAUAUAGCGACCGCCUCUUCUGGAGCAAUUACGCUUGCUACGGGGAAAUCGCUCGACUACGAAACAACUAAAACAUAUGAAUUCAAGAUUAUUGGUGAGGAAGGUGGUGACAAUACUAAAACUGGAACUGUGACUGUCACGUUGAGUAUUACGGACGCUGUUGACAUCACACGGACAGGGUUUUGUCUAUCCGAAAGUUCGUACGCAGCUGGUUCUAGCAUAGGCACCCUUAUGUCAGAACAGACUGCGACAUAUGGUACACUGGCUGGCACGGACAACACUAUUUUUGCAGUUGCUACAACUGGAGAAAUAACCGUAGCGACUGGUCAGACUGUUGCUGUUGCGACAAAAACCUAUUACACCUUCACAAUUGUAGGAUCGACAACGGCAACCGGGGUAGACGACAGCUUAGCUACUGGCAUCCAUGUAGUACUGCAAUGUAGUAGUAGUAGUGGGGCCGGACAAGUUGCAGCUCUUAUAAGCAUGCUAGCUGUUUCCGUGGCAACUCAUUUAUUCUUUUAAUUGAACAAUUUUCGCAUUUAAAAACGUAUACUAAGUAACACACCAUUUUCAUAUGAUAAAGUGCGUGAGCAUUAAGAUAAAUACAUACACGCUCAUGUAGUAAACAUAUUUUUUAUUUCAAUAAAGGGUAAAAUAGAUAUAUUGUAUACAACUGGACAAUUUCACCUAUCCAAUACUUUUGUUUAUGUUUUACAUAUUCGGCCGCAUUGUUUGUGAUACAUGACUUGGUUGUCAUGGACACCGAUGUUGGUUAGUUUUACUUUUGUGUGACUAUAUCCCUUAUCUGGAAUGAAUAUGCCAUGCAAAUGAUAUAUAUGAUGUUUAUAUUAUUUAAAACAAAUAUCUAAGCGCAAUCUUUAUUCAAGCAAAGUUCAAACAGUGUUAAAUUCGAUAUGAGGUUUGCCAACAUAAGAACUGUUUCGAUACAACAAUUCGAAAUGGCAUGGCACAGUCUUUUAACAACACUUAAGUACAUCGUGUAGUUGUUUAUUAGUUAUUUUAAUAUUAUUGUAUAAUUGAAAAGCAAAUUUAACUGUUUAUAGUUUUUGGUCUUACACCAUGUUUGUGAUUUACACUCGGAACAAUGUAAUCUCUAAGCCAUCUAGUUGAAAACCUGUAUCAAAUCUUUACCAGCGUUAUAUCAAUAGUAUGACAUCGAUAAGAAAUAUUGUAGUGAUUUUGAAUAGGAAAAUGUCGUUUACACAAAAUGUUAACUCGUACGUAUUAUUUUAAUGAUAUCUAUUCUAGAUAAUGUCGAUAUUUUUUGUAUUUUUUAUAUUCUUUUUAAAAAAGAUGAUCAUUCCAAAAUGAUAAUCCUAUGGGUUUUGAAAAUGAAAUUUUCAUCAGUCUUCUGUUCUUGUAUGUAAUUGUUUCUGCUAUUUACUAACAGUUCAACGAACAUGACUAACAUAUAUUAAAUGAAUGUAAUAUGAAAGCAAUUAUUUUCUUUUAUUGAUAAUCAUUAAGUCCUGAUUUGUUUUUGUUAGAUGACAGAAUGGCUGUAAAAACGAAUUAAAAUUGAAUUGUAACAUUGUGUUCGUUGAAUAAAAAGUGUGAUAGUU